UGCCCAAUGGCAGCAGUAGUUCUAGGGGGAGACACCGUGGGUCCUGAAUGUAUCUUCCCCAAUCAGACUGAGGAACUGGGGCCACAUUGGGGCCCCAUGGAAGGCACUGGGGAUUGGAGCAGUGAGGAACCAGAGGAAGAACAAGAGGAAAGAGGAGCAGGACCAGCUGGCUACUCCUACCAGCCUCUGAACCAAGAUCCUGAACAAGAGAAGGUGGAACUGGUACCAGUGAGGGAUGGAGAAGAUGUAAUUGCUGAUAUUCAAGAUCAGACCCAGGCCCUGGGGCUUCAUUUGCCAGACCCACCACUAGAAAAUGAGGACGAAGAUAAGCAGGGAGCUACAGCAUUCAACAACCACAGCUCUAUUCCCAUGGACCCAGAACAUGUAGAGCUGGUGAAAAGGACAAUGGCUGGCAUAAACCUGCCUGUGCCAGGGGUUCCUGCCUGGGCUCAUGAGAUAUCAGAUGCCCAGUGGGAAGAUGUGGUACAGAAGGCCCUCCAAGCCCGGCAGGCCACCCCUGCCUGGAAGUGA